AUGCCAUCAUCGUCAUCAUCUUACCCAACAACUUCCAAUGAUCAAUGCGAUCAUUGUCAUACAACAUACAGCAUAGUAAAACGAAAAAAAAGUUGUGCAAUCUGCCGUCAAUACUAUUGUACGAGUUGUGCACCUCGCGAACGUCAUUAUAACCAUCCACAUCGGAUCUGUCUCAUUUGUCAAUUGAUAUCAAGUGAUUCAACAACAGAUGAACAACUAUUAGCAUUGAAAGUCAAAAAUUUGCGAUCAUUUUUACAAGCGAAGAAUAUUGCGUAUCAUACAUGUACAGAAAAACAAGAACUUGUGGAUUUGAUUGUGAGAAAUCGACACUUACCUUUUACACGUUUACUGAUUCAACAAAAUCAAGCCUCCUCUCAACCACCGCCACCUCCUCUGCAUCCCACUUCUUCUCAACAACCAUCGCCAUCAUCUUCAUCAACAUCCACAACAAAUGCAAAUCAACAACAGUUUCAUACAACGUUCAAUCAAUUUUCAACGUCAACAAGCGCUUCAUCCUCGUCUUCAUCAUCAUCAUCAUCUACAACUACUACUGGAAUGCCGCCUCCGCCACCCACGCCUCCUCAGACACCAAAACAUGGAAAUUUUACAAAUUUUCAACAUACAAUGACGUCGUUUGCUAGUCAAAUGAAUCACUUUGCCGCUAAUUUACAAGAUUAUGUCACAAAUACAGUAUCUGGUGUUUUGCACCAUGCACUUGGUGAUCAUCAACAAACAACGACGGCGACCGCAACAACAAACAAUGGCAAUGGCACAUCGUCGACAUUCAAUUUCGGUACAACUGCUAAUGGACCAUUUACAUACAGUUUUACAUCUCCGGGUAACUUUAUUUAUACAACCACUACCAAUACCACAACAACUAGUCCACAACAACAACGAAGAACGACGACGACUACUGAAAGCACUGCUAGUUCGAAUACGCAACAGCAAGCGACGACAAGUUGUCGACCACGUCGUAAAUCUUUGAGUGAAUUAAAUAAUGAGCAAAAUAUUGAAGAUUUAAGUGUCCGUGACCUGAAAGAAAUCCUAGUAGCAAAUUUCGUGGAUUAUAAAGGAUGUGUAGAGAAAAAUGAAUUGGUUGAAAAAGUUCGAAGACUUUAUCGGGAUCGACAAAACGAGAAAAUCAAAGCUAAAGAACUUGAUAGUGCAACAGCCAGCGAUAGUGAAUUAUGUAAAGUAUGCAUGGAUGCUAUUGCUGAUUGUGUAUUUCUUGAUUGUGGUCAUAUGGUGACAUGUGUCAAAUGUGGAAAAUUACUUGCCGAAUGUCCAAUAUGUCGAUCGAACAUUGUUCGCGUAGUGCGAGUUUUCAAAUCAUAG